AGGAAGUAAGUCUGGGAGGCACAUGGAGCAGUCAGAAAGCAGCUGAGAGCGAGUAUUUCAGGGUCGUAGCCAUGCCUGUGAGUUGUAGUAGUUGCGAGAAGCAGCGUGCCGUCCUGCGGAGACCCAAGACGGGCCACUCUUUGUGUAGGGAGUGCUUCUUCUACGCCUUUGAGGAGGAGAUACACCAUACCAUCGUGUCUGCCCGGCUCUUCCAGCCGGGAGAGAAGGUUGGCAUCGGCGCCUCGGGAGGCAAGGACUCCACGGUGCUCGCCCAUGUCUUGAAGGUCCUAAACGAGCGUUACUCCUACGGGCUCGACCUCAUCCUGGUGUCUGUGGAUGAAGGCAUCUCGGGUUAUCGAGACGACUCCUUGGAGACGGUGAAGAGGAACCAGCAGCAGUACGAGCUGCCCUUAAAGAUCGUCUCCUACCAGGAGCUUUACGGAUGGACCAUGGAUCAGAUCGUGAAGCAGGUUGGCCUGAAGAACAACUGCACCUUCUGCGGGGUGUUCAGGAGACAAGCUCUGGACCGCGGCGCGAUGAUGCUCGGUGUCAACAAGAUCUGUACAGGCCAUAACGCCGAUGACAUCGCAGAGACGGUGCUGAUGAAUUUCCUGCGCGGAGACAUAGCGCGGCUGAGGCGAUGCACGGCUAUCACGACCGGCAGCGAAGGCGCUAUCCCGCGAUGCAAGCCGCUGAAAUACGCCUACGAGAAGGAGAUCGUGCUGUACGCUUACUUCAAGAAGCUGGACUACUUUUCCACGGAGUGUAUCUAUUCCCCGAACGCUUACCGAGGGCACGCUCGCGCCUUCCUGAAGGACUUGGAGGCGUUGAGACCCAGCGCCAUUAUGGACAUCAUCCACUCCGGGGAGAAUUUGUCGGUGAGGGAUGACGUGAGAAUGCCCGUGCAAGGAACCUGCUCUCGAUGUGGGUACAUCUCUAGCCAGGCGCUCUGCAAGGCGUGCGUCCUUCUCGAGGGCCUGAACCGCGGGUUACCCAAACUGGGCAUCGGGAAGCACCAUAAGCUUCACCAUAAACUUCUGGCUGAUGAACCGCUGAGCGACCGGGAGACGCGGAAGCUGAAGCCGGACGAUUUCUGAUGAGCAUUGAUAGGACAAUAGACAUUUAAACGUUGCAGCAACGAUGAUCCCAGGUUCUCCUGCAUGUACGGGAAGCUGUCCUCACAUUCUUAGGAAUAUAUCAAUCUUAUUGUUUUAUUUUUA